UAGUCGCUAUGUUUCAGUCCAUGCGGCUCCUGGAAGUAGCUAAUGGAUGUGACUUUUUCAUUCCAGCCUGAAAGCCAGAAACGUUGAUUUUUUAUUUUUUUCGUGAUACGUUUUUUUGUUGUUUUUUUUAUUUUUAUUUUCAUCUCCAGGCUGUGAUCGUGUGUUGUCGCCUCUGCGAGCUGUCCGGUGGCUCUCCAACCCUCCCAGCUGGACAGAGAUGAGUAGUCCCGAUGCGGGUUACGCCAGCGACGAUCAGACCCAGGCAAGGUGUACGAUGUCAGUCAUGAUGCCUGGAAUGGGACACUGCCAGUGGGCCGACCCUCUCAGUCCUCUUGGGGACACCAAAGUGAAAAACGAGCCGUGCGCGUCCGGCUCCGGCGGCCAGAAUCGCGGGAAGAGCGAACCGCGGAUCCGGCGGCCCAUGAACGCGUUCAUGGUCUGGGCGAAGGAUGAGCGCAAGAGGCUGGCGCAGCAAAACCCGGACCUGCACAACGCCGAGCUGAGCAAAAUGCUGGGGAAAUCGUGGAAAGCCCUUCCUGUCACAGAGAAGCAGCCCUUUGUGGAGGAGGCCGAGCGGCUGCGGGUUCAGCACAUGCAGGAUCACCCCAACUACAAGUACCGGCCCCGGCGGCGGAAGCAGGUGAAGAGGAUUAAGAGGCUGGACUCCGGCUUUCUGGUCCCCGACCACCAGGCCCAGUCGAUGCCCGGGGACGGCAGAGUGUGCGUGGAGAACCUGGGCCUCGGCUACCACGAGCACGGCUUCCAGGUUCCCCCGCAGCCGCUCAGCCACUACAGGGAUGCUCAGGGACUCGGGGGCCCCUCUUAUGAGACCUACAGCCUCCCCACGCCCGACACUUCUCCCCUGGACGCUGUGGAGUCAGACUCCAUGUUCUUUCCUCCACACUCGCAGGAGGACUGCCACAUGAUGCCGGCGUACUCGUACCACUCUCAGGCAGCAGAGUACCAGCCCCAGGACCCCCUGUCCAACUCCAUCCUGCACCGGCACCCAGGAUCGGCUCCGGAGCAGCCACCACCUCAGCCUGCCACCCUGCCCCCCUCCUACAUGGGAUGCCCCAACCCUCUGGCCAUGUAUUACACCCAGCACUGCAGCCCCGGCCACCCCAAGCGGCACCCCGGUGGGGCAGGACAGCUCUCCCCACCGCCUGACUCCCACCCUCACCCCGCAGACAGCGUGGAGCAGAUGCACCACUCCGAGCUGCUGGCCGAGGUGGACCGCAGCGAGUUCGAGCAGUAUUUGAGUUCCUCUGCGGCGCGUGCGGACAUGGCAGGCUUGCCGUACGGGCCACAUGAGGCUGGCAUGCAAGGACCUGAAAGCCUCAUAUCAUCGGUGCUGUCAGACGCCAGCACAGCUGUCUAUUACUGUAGCUACAACAACUCCUAACCUCCUGCCCGGCCUGCUGCAAGGACACAUGAUCUGACCUCAAAUCUCUGUAGCUAAAUUUGAACAAAAAGAAAAAAAAAAAAAAGUUUUUAUUUUUCACUACUGACACAAGAGGCUGGAGAGAUUUUGAACUUUGACUUUGUACUGUAUCAUGUAGGAGCAGUGAAUAAAGCCAUAGAAUAUUUUAAUAUGAACACUGGUUUCUCUUCCUCUCAGUUCAUUUUGUGAUAAUAAAUAUUGUACAGCCACUAUUUUAAAGUUUAUGUACAUACCGCAGUGUUGUUGUUUUUUUAUACUUUUUGCACUUUUGAGAAAUAAAUGUUUGCAAAUAA